GAUGUUGUAUUCUAGGGCCCACUUGGGAUGGAUGGGAAGCCUGGUGGUCCUGGUCCUGUGGGAAGCCAGGGACUUUCUGGGCCAAAAGGAGAAAAGGGAGACCAAGGAGAUAUGGGGCCCAGGAUGGUCUUCACUCGCUUUGACCACGGCUUUCUCUCUGGCGACCAGCACACAUUUCACAAACGCCUCCUGAAGGGUGACCAGGGUCAGGCUGGCCCCCCUGGACCCCCGGGCCCCCUUGGAUCACCAGGGCCCAGAGGACCCCCUGGGAACACAGGGAAGGAUGKCCCCAGAGGACCCCCUGGAGAGCAGGGUCCACCUGGUCAAGAUGGAAUCGAUGGAUUAGAGGGACUGAUGGGUCCUCCUGGACAGAAGGGUGAGGAUGGACAGCAAGGCAUGUCUGGAUCACAGGGGUCUCCGGGGUUAAAGGGCUUACCAGGAGAGAAGGCUGUUCCUGGCUCCUAUGACAACAUUGGCCUUGGCCAAGUCAUUCAGGGUCCCCCAGGGCCACCAGGAGGUCAAGGGUCAAAGGGAGAGUCAGGCUCACCUGGUGCACCUGGAGCUGAUGGGGAUAAGGGAGCCAAAGGGGAUCAAGGUGAUGAUGGGAUGCCUGGAGUGGCAGGGGAGAAGGGAGAGCGAGGCCUGAUGGGCCAAACUGGGCUUGCGGGAGCUGACGGAAAAAAGGGAGAGCGAGGGGAUUCAAGGUUUGAGGACAGUCUGGCCCAGAGGAUCUCUAUCCCAGGCCCCCCAGGGCCUCCCGGGCCCCAGGGUUUCAUGGGACUUGAUGGAAGGCCUGGCCCCAAGGGGGAACCAGGUGAGGGAGUGAAAGGAGAUAAGGGGGAUGCGGGUGACAAAGGUCCUCCUGGGUUAAGGGGUACCCAGGGUCUUCCAGGUUCUACAGGAUUGGUUGGUCUUCCUGGCACCAAAGGGGGAAAGGGAGAGCAAGGAUUGCCGGGAUUAGAUGGUUUCCCCGGGCUGAUGGGACAAAAGGGGGAGAGAGGGGGCAGAGGAGACAAGGGCGACAGGGGGAUGCUGGGAAAGAAGGGACUGAAGGGACAGAAGGGCGAGCAAGGCCCCCCUGGACUGGACCAGCCCUGUCCUGUGGGGCGGGAUGGAUUACCCAUACCUGGAUGUUGGCAUAAGUGAUGACUGACCUGGGACAUGGGAUCUGUACAUAUCGAUAUAUAUUUUUCAAAUAAAACUCAAGUGUUGUUUUUUUGUUGCCAAUUCUAAUUUAAUAUAUUGAGUUUUUCGUAUUGGAAUUUAGAUUGUGGGUCUAUCACAAUCAAUAUUUUUUACUUUUUGCAUAUGAAAAGAAAACUAGUUUUUUUUUUAGUUUAGAGAUUACUUAGAAGAUUAUCAUGCACACAAAGAGGGGAGACUGGUGACAAACGGAAAGUAGCAGCAAAUGCAUUCAACACCUACCGAAUGGACAAAUGUUGCUGCUUUUAUCUAUACGGGGAGAAAUAAAUAAUUGAUUCUGACUAACAGGCUCACUAGUGUUCCCGUAUUGYAGUGUACAACUCAGCCUGCACCUUGCAAACAAAUCUACCCCAUCAUUCCUGUGAUCGCUGUUUGCUUUGAAAGGACCAGUCCACACGGCAGGGACCCAAUGCCAGGUGCCUAUCCCAAACUUAGGAGAGAGGUAUGGGGAGGCUCAGAGGAUGGCCCUCACAGUGGAAUAGGAGCCACACAGACUGACUGCGCUGGACAGAGACAGAUGGCUAGACCAGCAUGGAGGAAAUAUGGCUUUCACUCUUCAGCUGCAAUCCUAACUGGUACUGGAGGGACUUGAUUCAAACACCAGAUCCCUCACAACAAAUUACAGACACACACUAGCUUAGAUUAAUGGAUUUAUUUCAAGUAGUUCUAAAUCCCUUAGRAGUGUGUUUUUGUCAUAAUGUGUGUAAAAACGAAUCAGAUCUGAAAUGAACAAAUGUUUUAAUACCAUGAUCUUUCGAUGGCUUUUUAGAUUUAACCUUUGUCUGUAGUCGUUUUCUUAAAUGUGUUUAAUGUUUAGAUCAAUAUUGGUUUAAAAUGUUUUAGAAUGUUUAUAAUGGUUUCAAAGUUGUUGCAUCAAAUGCUUUCUCAUUCCRCUGAGUGCUCUAACCAGUUAAUUGACACAGAACACUGUAAAACUUUGUAGAUACAUAUUAUGAGAUAUUCCUUUGUGUAGGUUUUGUGGAAAUUCCUUGGAUKUUUCUUAUAUUCAAGUUACAUUGCCCCUGAAAAAAGUUAGAGCUAUUCAAACAGUCAGAUUMUGAUUUUCAUGUAAAAUGAAUGAUAGCAAGCCUAAAAAAGGUUAAGGACUUUUUACAUCUGACAUCAAGGUAGAAAAAAAAUACAUAUUUUCAAACCUACCAGACGGGCUUAUUGGGCUAAAUAUUGUUUGUUCUAGGAACAUGCAGUAUUUAAGUUGUCGGUCAUAUUAAAUACUAUUUSAAAUGCA